AUGAAGAUCCUAAUUACUGGCAUAAGUGGAUUUGUCGGAUCGCACAUAGCCAAAGGCUUCCUAGACCUUAACACGGCGAACGUUAAAUACGAAGUCGUGGGAACUGUUCGUUCGGCCAAGAAGGGGGAAGCUCUGCUAACGCAACCUGCUUUCCUUCAUGCCGCUCAAGCACAAACCUUACGCUACAUAGUUGUCAAAGAUAUCUCCGAGUACGACUUCUCUGAAGAUUUGAAAGAUAUCGAUGCAAUUGCCCAUACCGCUAGUCCAUGUCACUAUGAGGGACAAAGCUUUGAUGAUUAUUUCAUGCCAGCAGUCCAAGGUACAAGAAAUCUACUGAUGGCAGCACAAAAAUCACCUACAGUGAAGGCUGUUGCCAUGACUUCUUCCAUUGGAGCUGUCCUCGAUUCCCGUGUACCGGCACUCGAGCAGGCUGGGAAAGUCUACACUGAAGCUGACUGGUUUUCGGUUAAAUAUGAAGACGCAGCGUCUCAAGCAAAAAUAGGCUUAUGGUAUGCAGCCUCAAAGGCUUUUGCAGAAGAAGAAGCUUGGAAGAUACACAAACUUGGGGGCAACUCAUGGAGUCUGGCCACUAUAUGUCCCCCUUCGAUAUACGGACCAGUUAUCAACACUUCAAACCCGGAAGAGAUGAGCAUUACCGCACGUUGGCUAUAUGAUCUUUUUUGUGGUCAAACAAAAGAAGUAAUGGAGACAAGAUUUCCAGUCUGGGUGGAUGUUCGCGAUGUUGCAGAAGCUCACAUCAAAGCCAUUCUUCAAAAAAAUAACAAUAGAUUCAUAGUAUCUGCUGGAUUAUAUGAUUUUCAAAAGGUGGCAGAUUUUAUCCAUAAGGAGUUUCCUGAUGAUGCACUACAUCAAGUUCCAAAAGGUCAACCUGGAAAUCACUUGAAACCUGAUCAGGUCUAUGUUCUUGACUCAUCAAAAGUCAAGGCAGAAUUGGAUGUCUCCUUCAGAUCUUUUGAGGAAACUUUUGGUGAUACCUUUGAAAAUUGUUUGGAAAUUAAAAAGCUUGACACAACCUCAAGUUAA